GCCGCCUCCGCCGGGGGAUCUCGGGCUUCUCUGGUCGAGUGCUCGCGCCAGAUCAAAGGCACCUCCCUUCCUUCCUGCCUUCCUUCCUGCUGCGCCAAUGCCUGGGAUAGGGGCCGUCGGAGCUCGGUGCAGGCACCGCCCGAGAAGGCGCCCCAACCAGGCCAAGGAGAGCGGCCACCAGGCGGACGGCACCGGAGAGACCGCCAUGGACGCGGCCAUCUGGAUCUACCAGUUCCGCCUGAUCGUGCUGGGCGAUUCCACGGUGGGCAAGUCCUGCCUCCUGCACCGCUUCACCGAAGGCCGCUUCCCGGGCCCGAUGCACUGCGAUCCCACCGUCGGGGUGGAUUUCUUCUCCCGCCUGGUGGAGAUCGAGCCGGGCAAGAGGAUCAAGCUGCAGCUCUGGGACACGGCUGGCCAGGAGAGGUUCAGGUCAAUUACCCGCUCCUAUUACCGAAAUUCAGUAGGAGGUUUGCUGGUGUUUGAUAUCACAAACAGGUCUUCUUUUGAACAUGUAUAUGAUUGGUUGGAUGAAGCAAAAAUGCAUGUUCAGCCUUUCCAGAUUGUCUUCAUCUUGGUGGGACACAAAUGCGACUUGGAAACAGAGCGCCAGGUUACAAGAGAGGAAGCUGAAGAACUAGCAUCUGCCUGUGGCAUGAAAUAUAUAGAAACAUCUGCCAAGGAUGCCACAAAUGUUGAAGAAUCCUUCACUAUUCUCACUAAGGACAUAUAUGAACUUGUGAAAAAAGGAGAGAUUUCAAUACAGGAUGGAUGGGAAGGGGUGAAAAGUGGCUUUGUUCCAAAUGUUGUACAUUCCUCCGAGGAGGCUACCUCACUGGGAGAACAAUGCCCUUGCUAAAUCUUUUGCAUGCUGAAGAGCCAUCAAAUUUAACAGGGGUUGGAGAAUAAGGCCAGAGUAUGCAAAAGUUUAUUUCAAAAGAUGCAUUAGAUCAGAGAUAAGUGAUCUACGGCUUCUGAGAUGCUUAUAGCUCCUAAAAUACUUACGUGUGGCUUGCAGGAUUCUAUAAGGAU